AUGCCGGGCUCAGCAAUGAAAAAGCGGAGGAGGCCGGAGGACGAUGCACAUGCGACAAAGAAGAAGGUCGAGUUUCGAGAGGCACAACAGGCCGUCGCGCCUUCUUUCUCGGUUACCAAAUUGCGAAAGCCGCAGGUGUCUCCUCCUGUAGUAGCCCUUACGCCCGGAAUCUCUCUCCCCGACACCUUUCCAUUCAAUGUUUACGAAAAAGACGAACAGCCCGCUGUAAAGCGGCGAAAGGGCAGCGCCCCACCUCCGCCUUCCGAGAUGGCACUGCACUCCUCGUCGCACAGGACCGUAGAUUAUACCGCUCGGGAGGAGAGGUUGAAGAGCGUGGAUACACUACUCAACCACUUCCUUGCCGUCAUCGAUCCGCAGACCGGGGAGGUAGAAGUCAUCCAAGCCAAAAAGAUGGUGGUUCGCGGGACAGUCCGGUCGAAGCAAGCGCCAACGGAAGCGAUGGAAGUGUCCAGUGGCAAACCGACGCACUCGGAGAUGAAGAUGGAACUGGGCGAAACCUUUGGCACAAAGAAAGCAAAGAAGGCGAUCCAAGCGGUUGCAGAGAAUGCUGAGCUCGCUGCCAAUUCGCGCGGCAAGCUAGGCGACAACGACCGCGCGCUUGUGUACACCAUCCGAGACUCCAGUCAGCAUAUGUCAACCCGCGAGGAGCUGCAGGCCGCUGUCGACCUGGCCCGACCUGUACCGCGGGGCAACUUCGACGCAGACGAGAUUCAAGACGUCUAUGUCCCGGCAGAAAUCAUUGGCGCUGAGGUGCUCAAUGCGAUUCCGGUUAUGGAUUGGCAAGAACAAGUCAGGAAUUUGGAAGCGGUGCAGGUCCCUGCUCGCUUCGUCGCACACCGUAUUGUUCGUGUGGCUGGCAACGAGGACGACGUACAGAGGCUGAAGCUCCUGCGUUAUCUCCUUUGGGUUAUCACCUUUUGGACGACAACCAAACAAGGCAGGGAGCGCGGCACCAAGAGCAUAGCGAGGAGAGACGACCUGCGGGAGGCACUUGCGCCAGCCCCCGAGAUGGUGAUCGAGAACAUUCGUCGCAAGUUCUCGGACAGUGGAGUGAUGCGCAAGGCGCAUAUUGACUUGCUCAUGACGCACUGCUGUGUUUUUGCAAGCAUUAUCGACAACUUUGAGGUCAACACUCUGGAUUUGAGGGAGGAUCUGAAACUGGAGCAGAAGCAGCUGAACCAGUACUUCUUGGAGAUCGGUGCUCGGGUCAAGCAGUCGAAGAUGGGUGACAAGGUCAACCACCUCGCCAAGCUCGCCCUACCACUGCAGUUUCCGAAGAUGCGGCAGCCAGCAAAACGAAGAUGA